AUGUUUCUAUCUGUUUGCCUGUCAGGUUCAGCUCCUCUUGAUGCGAGCUAUGCUGAGAGCUCAUCGGCUUUCUCUACGAAGCAAGUCAUCGGUUACUUUUGGUCAGUUGAGCUGCUGCGAAAGCAUUCCAAGCCGAUUCCCAAGAAGUUAAGCUCCCUGAAUCACCAAGGACGUGUUGUCAAGGGAGUUACCCUCGAUGAGUUUGCAGUGGGUACUAUCGAGGUUUCCACGCUGUCUACCCGAGGGGCUAAGAGAAUUGCGGAGCUUGCCAAAGAUGAUUCCGAUCAUGAGGGGGAGGCAAGUGCAGCCUUUGAGAUUGCGCAGAAGAAGUUGAGGGUUGCUGGUGUCAGCAAUGACGAGAACAAUGAGAUUAGCUUGAAGAUGCCGGGGAAGUCAGAGGACGAUACGGAUGAGCUCCAUGCUAUCCUGUUUGGGGAGAGAUCUCGGAAAGAGAAACAGGGAUCAGAUGAUGAGCAGGAGAAAAAGCGCAGGGCGACCGCGAGAAACAAGAAGGCCAUGAGUUUGCCUGGCAAGCCUACUUCUCAGGCUGAUGGUGGCAGUGCACCUUCUUCGGAAUCUGGCGGAGCAGCUUCAUCGUCCGCUGGGUGGAACAUGAAUCACAUGAACGGGCCUGUGAAUCACAAGAAAGCCGCCAGUGAAUCCAAGGAAUUGGAUAAGGCAGAGGCUUUAGUCCUCAGCGUCAACCAGUUGAAGUUCCAGGUGCAGGAAGAGUCUUCAAUCAUGCUUAUCACCUUGAAGACUGUGCGGGCUUUGAUUGACAAGGUGUCCCACCGAUUGACUCCUGAAGCCACCCAGUUCUUUAUGGACGCAGUCAAGCGCAAUGGCAGCUCUAGCCGGGCUGCUACAGUCUGGCAGUCCCUGAAGGAUGCCAAGGAUGCAAUCGACGAAUUUGUCGAAGCUCUGCAGGAUUCUGAAGCAUCCCCACAGACUGUGACAACCAGAUCUUCCAGAUUGAAGGAGUUCGGCAUCCAACUGCCGAGGAAUGUGAACUUUGUCAUCUGCAAGAAGAAUGCCGAAGAACUCUUGCAGCAAGGGCAACUUGACCAAUUGUUCCUCUUCCUGGAUCCUUCCAAGCAUUCUCAGGAUACGGGAAUCAUGAGUGUGCUGCCGCCAACGGACAAUGAGGACAAACGAAAAGACAUGGUGCGGGAAUUCCAGGUGGGGUGCAUCUCUCACUUGAUCAACAGCUUGCUGCUCAAAGAGUUUCAAUCCACUCUUUCCGGCAAAGAGUUUGAAGACGAGAAGAAGAAGUUCAUGCUGGGAUGUGUCCAAUCAUUGGUUGAUUUCCUUCAGGGUCUCAAGGUGUCCAGCAUCUACGACAAUGCUUUUCCUGAGAAGACGUCCGUGAGAGAGGAUUUGGAGCGCAUCAUGUUCAUUGCAAAACGUUUGAUGUCGCCAGACCCAUUGAGUGCAGCCGAGUGCGAGUCUGUCCAGUCUGCGAAGAGCUUGCUCUUGAAAAAAGGGUCCCAUUUCCACACCGGCCUCGUCACCUUCCCUGUGGGUUCAUGGAUCAUGGAAUUUGUGGGGUCGAUGCUUACCCAGUCCAGGAAUGAUCAGCUCCUCGCAAAAGAGUUUGAGGGCGUCUUUGAUUUUGCCGAGAACUUGAAGAUCACUGUGGAUGGAGUCAUCAAGAAGGACAAAGAGACUGGAGCCAUUGAUAUCUUCAUCCCAAAUCAGGGAAAGUUUGCGGACAUGUCGGCCAAGUACUUUGCUUUCAUGGACGAAGCAUCAGACAGUGCCAAGGCUUUGAUGGAAAAGCAGCACACUGUUGUCCGCCAUCGCAUUGAGCAGCUCAUGGCUGCCCUUAUUGAUGCAGCUGCCGGGAAGCUUGAGGAUUGCUUUGAGAAGCUCGGCAACAAGUUGUGUUCAUGCUUUGGCACCAGCGGCGGGAAUGGUGAGCUGUGGACAGAAGCAAAGUCUUCUGAGUGUUGUCAGAGUUUGGUUUCCAUGAUCGGUAUGCAACCGUGGCCAAAGAUUCAAUUGGCAAAAGUUCUUGGGAAGAGCCAUGCCCUCAGCAUGGACAAGUUGACAGCUUCUGUUGUCUCCUUCGGUCAAUGCUUGCAGAAAGCCUUCCCAAAGCUUCUUGCUUUGAAGGACUCGGAAGCCACACAAGAAGUGUUGAUGAGCCCCGAAAUCCGAGAUUUUUUCCACAUGCUUCACAACAGAGAGGUUGCAAGUGCCAUGUCGAAGCUUACGCCCAAGCUGGCUCCUGCUACGACAACACUGCUUGGACUCAUCGACACGAAGGUUGGCCAAUUCCUCAGCAAGACAGCUGAUACCUUUGGCAGCUUCCUGACAGGCAUUUUGGAGACGGAACCCCAAGUUUCCUCACUCUUACAAGCCAGCGUUGUGGGCAUAGCCGACUUUGAGAUUGACGACAAGAACACGGGCAAAGCAGAGAGCGAGAUUGACUUCGGUGCCAUUUUCACAGCCUUUGAGCAGUACUUUGCACAGGGCAAGCUUGCUAAGCUCAAACUUGGAGAGAAAGAGAUCUCGGUUGACGUUUCAUUCCUAUGCGUUGCAGGUUCUUUGCAGCAAAUGUCAAAGUACGUGCUCACAGUGAAGGAGCUUGUUGAGACUGGCGCCCUUCAGGGCGACUUUAAGGAAUUGAUUCGGGCGCACAUGCAAUGUCUAGCUGAGAAGAAGGAAUUGCCCAAGUCUGAUUCAAAGCUCAGCUUUUUCAAGGUGAUCCCUCAGUAUUUGCCCAACUUGGUCAAUGCUGCACAGUCCCAUCAGGCCAUGGUGGGUAAGCUGGGCGAAUCGAUUGCCAAUGCCGACCAGAUCAAGGAGUACUACAAUGCGUUGCUUGGCGUUUUGGUUUCUUCCUUCAAGCAAGGACUUGCCGAGUGUGCCUCGGAAUUGAAAGCCAUGGAGGACUUGUUUGAUGAGAACUUCGGCAAGAUUCGGCAGCAGCAUUCGGUUCCUUGCGUGUUCCACGCCAAUGUGCUCGACCGUGAGGCUAUUGGCAAGCUAUGUCAUGAUGCAGGUGUCAAGACGGUGUUGUUCGCUGCCAGCAAAGCUGGCAGCCAAUGUGCGCUGAUGCAGGCAUUCAUUGAGAGUGUCAAGUCGCUAUCCCUGAUUCAAAAAGAUCUUGGCAGUGAAGUGGCUGCUUUGAUGAGUGACAUGCAGGCCUUUGCCAAAUCCAACAGCCAGAAGGUCAUGCCCACAGAUGCUGAGAAAGUGACCUUAGCUCAUGUGAGCUAUUUCCAAGGUAGUGUUUCGCUAUCGCAAGCCAUGGUUCGAACCUUGAACCCAGGAGAGACCCGUACUGGCCUCAUUUCAAAAUGUUUGAGCUUGCUCGAAAAGAGCAAGAUGGUGGCUGAUCCGACUUUGGCAAAGAAAGCCUCUCAAGCAUUGGCUGGUAAGUGA